GCUUUCCCCUUCUUCCCGGCAUUCCAGUUUCCGCUUUCUCAGUGCUCUCUGGGUCUUGCGUCACGAAGGCGCUUCGCGCCCGGGGUUUGAGUGACGUCAUCGUUCUGCGCCGUGCGGACACUUGCCUGUUGGAAAAGGGAGCGAUUUCGUCGCCCUUCGCCUCUUUUGUUGGCCUGCUGCGCCUUCUGAGUCAUGGCGCCAUCGCUAUGGAAGGGGCUAGUAGGCAUUGGCCUCUUUGCCCUGGCACACGCCGCCUUUUCCGCUGCGCAGCAUCGUUCUUAUAUGCGAUUAACGGAAAAAGAAGAUGAAUCACUGCCAAUAGAUAUAGUUCUUCAGACACUUCUGGCCUUUGCAGUUACCUGUUACGGUAUAGUUCAUAUUGCAGGGGAGUUUAAAGACAUGGAUGCCACUUCAGAACUGAAGAAUAAGACAUUUGACACCUUAAGGAAUCAUCCCUCCUUUUAUGUAUUUAAUCACCGUGGUCGUGUACUGUUCCAGCCUUCAGAAACAACAAAUUCUUCAAACCAAGAUGCAUUGUCCUCUAACACAUCACUGAAGUUACGAAAACUUGAUACACUGCGCCGUUAAGAUUUUUACAAAUUGUAGUAUCAGGAUAGGACAGGACACAGAGCUGAAUGUUGGAGUUUGGGGUGCGAAGUACUCGCCCCAAUCAGUAUUUAUAUUGACCUUUCAGACCUAAUUUAAAAAAAAAAUCUAUGGCCCCUGUUCGUACACUGUUCAUGAGGUUGUUACUAGAGUAUAUACAUUAUCUGUGAAAUGAGUCUUUGAUCUUUCAUAUAGGGAAUUUUUUUCAUUUCAAACAAAUUUGCAUCUUUUAUACAAGUUACUGUUUUGAACACAUGAAAAAUGAUGGUGGUGUUUGAGAUUAUUUAUUUACUUAGAUUUCUUUUGCACUACAGGUUUUAGCAAUCUUUUUUGGAGAUACCGUAUGACUACUGCGUUUUGCAGCCCGAAUGACAGUAAAGUGGUCUUCAGUUCUUGUCAAAUUCUGAAAUGGUGAUUUCUCACUUUUUCUUAUGUCCCAUAAAAAGUGGUUCUGCUUUCACAGAUAUUUGCCAAUUUUUACUUCUCACCCCCCAGCACUCCCAGCUAACAUCAGCUGUCUUGUUUGAUCACUUCUCUGAGAUCAUGUGCAGUAAGCAAUUUUUGUGUCAGAAAUUCUGUCAUAGCAAAUAUAUUUAACAAGCUCAGCUUGCUCUAAGGCUGCUUCUGUUCUGUUCAGUUAGCUGUAAAGAAUUUCCCUGAUUAUAUGGUAUUAAGAAUAGUGGAAGAUGACUAUAAAGUGAGUUGCGAUUUUAUUAUCCUGCCUGCCUAUGUAGAAGAAUAGUAAUCAGUGAGGAAAAGUGAUUAAGCCAGUUUUAACUUAUUCAAAGUCUGUGUUAGUCUAUUUAAUACUAAGCUAGUAAAUUAGUGAAAAUGAGGAAAACUCAUUAAUCUAAAGGCAUAUGCAAAGGAAUUAAGCCAAAUAUGUUCUAAAUAUUUGGAACUAAUAUAUUCAGUUUGUUUAGACAAUUAAGGUCAUGUAAGGAAUUGCUGUUGUAGUUCCUGAUUUAUACCUGGCUUACCAUUUCACAUCUUCCCUGUACGGUGCUGAAGAUAAAGAUGAGGAUACAAAGUUGAAUUUAUGCACAAACAGUAAUUUUACUCUUAGAGAAGUUAGGCCAGCUCUUUGGGCAAAAAAAUAAAAUUAAAAAAAACCUACAGGAAGCUCAACUUUAUUUUUCUUUUUAGAAAACAUUGUUCUUGUUGAAUUGUAUAGAUACAAGGAAUUACUUCCGUUGAACUGUACAGGUGUAAAGGGAAUAACUGUAUGCAGAUUUGAAAAGGAAAUACCGUUUGGGCAAGAGCCAUAAGAUGCCCUUAUACUUGAUGACAUGUUUCCCUUAGAAAUGAGUCUCAGCCCUUCUGUUCUGCCUGGUAAUGCACAGCCCCAUAGGACAACAUUAUUUUAUCAUUGGAUUUUUAUUGUUUUCGUUUACCAGCUCAAUCUGUGGAACAUUGACUCUGCUCUCUAAUGAGAACAAAGUUAGAAUCUGUUGGUAACUUAAAAUAAUUUAGAAAUGUGUUAGAAAUGUGAAGUUAGGGAUUAAAGUGAUAAUAAUGAAGUCAAAAUACUGUGCGAAAAACCAGCCUCUUAAAUUAGGCCCGUCUAUUGUUUCCUCAGGUACGACUUGAUUUGGAAGAGCCUCUUAUUUUCUUCUCUUGUGGGGCUAUCUUCCUUUCCUAAUGUGUUUUUGUAGCACUGUUACUGAGAUAUAAUUCACAUGGCUUGUAACUCAUCUAUUUAAUGGGUAAAGUUAAGUGAUUUUUUAUUUUUUGUAUUUUUUAUUUUUUUGGUCUUUGAGACAGGGUCUCCCUGUGCAGUUCAGGCU